AUGCUGCGGACGGUGCUGCGCCGGGGAGAGGCGGCUAUGAGGCAGGCCGCGCUGGCCGAGGGAUCUACGGGGAACCUUCUACGGCUGAGCGUGGCGGAGCGGGAGCGCUCCCGGCGGCGUCGGCGCGACCCGGGGCGCGACGAGUUCUUCGUGCCGACGCCGGAGUCGCUUAAAUGGCUCGACUCCGUCACCCUGCCCAUGAUCCUCACUGCCGCCGCCGUCGCCCUCUUCACCAAGCUCCUCAUGAUGGAACAUGAAGCUACAGACCAAGAAAGGAGGGAACGCAAGAUAAAGAAUAGUCACCCUGAGCAAGGAACAGUAAGGAUGCUUUCACGUGAAGAGUGGGAUGAAAUCCAAGAAGUCAGGCCAAGGACCCCUUUUGAAUCAAAGUUAGCUCGUCCACAUGCCCGCUUAAGAACUGGGGAAAAAAUGCGGCUGGAGGAUGCCAAGGAUUGGGCUGUUGAUGUGCUAACGGAUGCUUUCACUAGAGCGGAAGAGAGUGCUAAGCGGAAGUGA